CUCUCAAACAAAAAUCUUCAGCUUAUUGUAUCUAUUAGUCCUUAAGUCCUCUUUAACUUUCCCUAGCUUCUCUUUCAUGGCAAAGGUGUCAGAUCCUCUUGUGGUUGGAAGAGUGAUUGGAGAUGUUAUAGAAUCCUUCUCUCCCACUGUGAAAAUGACUGUAACUUACAACUCCAAUGUUAAGGAUAUCAAGUCCAAUUCUAGUCAAGGCCAAAGCCUCAAGCAGGUAUAUAAUGGCCAUGAGCUCUUUCCUUCGGCUGUAACAAUGAAACCUAAGGUUGAGGUUCAUGGAGGCGAUAUGAGAUCCUUUUUCACCCUGAUCAUGACAGACCCAGAUGUUCCUGGUCCAAGUGAUCCAUACCUGAGGGAGCACUUACACUGGAUUGUGACAGACAUUCCAGGCACAACUGAUGCUUCAUUUGGAAGGGAAGUGGUGAACUAUGAAAUGCCUAGGCCAAACAUAGGGAUCCACAGGUUUGUAUUCCUCCUAUUCAAGCAGAAUCGCAGAGAGACAGUCAUCACUGUUCCUUCUUCGAGGGAUCGCUUUAGUACUAGAAAAUUUGCAGAAGAAAAUGAGCUUGGCCUCCCUGUGGCUGCUGUAUUCUUCAAUGCUCAAAGGGAGACAGCUGCGAGAAGGCGUUGAAAACUGGUACAAAAACCAGCUAAUUAGCAGUACCACUACGUGCAAGUACUAGCUAGGAAGUUAAUGACUUUAGCUAAUAAAGCAGUACUGGGGUCUUUGUUAAAAGUCUGUCUGUAAAAUUAUAUAUUGUACCUUGUCAAUAUGGAAUGGAAU